AUGGUGGAUCUACCCAUAGGAAAUUUUGCAACUUCUAACGGUAUUGAAAUCUUCAGGGCCGAUACCAAAAAUGAAAUAAUACAGUUGACUGAACACUGUAAAUUUGAUUUGGCAGUGGCAGUGUCAUAUGGGGCAUUGAUACCUAGUCAAUUUUUGAGUAAGUUGCCUUUUGGUGGUUUGAAUGUUCAUCCUUCGUUGUUACCUAGAUAUUCUGGUGCUUCGCCUAUUCAAUAUGCAUUAAUGAAUGACGAUUCGGAAACAGGAGUCACAGUUCAAACUUUACAUCCCACAAAAUUUGAUAGAGGGGAUAUUUUACUUCAGUCCCACCCAAUACCAAUAUUGAACAAUGAUGAUUAUCAAUCUUUGGAAAGUAAAUUGGCUGAAAAGGGUGGUGAAUUAUUGGCGCAAGUAAUAGACUCAAAAUUGUACAUAGAUAAGCCAAACAUCCAAUCAACCUAUUCAUAUUCCCCAACUUCCAAGAUCAAUGGUAAAGAUACUAUCAUUUCAUGGGAUCUCACGUCUAGAAAAAUACGAAGACUUUUUGACGCUUUGGGUAAUUUAUCCACCUACAUAUACUGCCAACCACAUAAAGGUAAACCUGGUCAUUAUAGAAGCGUUAAACUUCAUGAUAUAGAAGAAAGUAGCGAAGUGAUAGAUGGAGAUGUUGGACGAUUUCAGAUAUCCAAAGACAACACAAUAAUCAUUAAAACCAUUGAUGGGUCUAUCAAAGUCACAACUUUGACCUUCCAAACAUUCAAUAAAGAGACUGCUGAGAUAUUCAUGAAGAGACUUAAUAAAAGAACGAAUAAGGGAGAGGCUAGAUUCGUCAAUGAAAAAUGA